CUCAGUUUUUUCUAGCUACUGGAAAAGAGAGGGAAAAAAUGGCUGAAAUUCUUCUUACAGCAGUCAUAAAUAAAUCUGCAGAAAUAGCUGGAAAUCUACUCGUUCAAAAAGGAACGCGUUUAUAUUGGUUGAAAGAAGACAUCGAUUGGCUUCAGAGAGAAAUGAGACAUAUUCGAUCAUACAUAGACGAUGCAAAGGCCAAGGAAGUUGGAGGUGAUUUAAGGGUGAAAAACUUAAUAAAAGAUAUUCAAGAAUUGGCAGGUGAUGUGGAGGACCUCUUAGAUGACUUCCUUCCGAAAAUUCAACAAUCCAAUAAGAUCAAAGGCGCAAUUUGUUGCCUUAACACGGUUUCUUUUGCGGAUAAGUUUGCUAUGGAGAUUGAGAAGAUAAAGAAAAGGGUUGCUGACAUUGACCGUGUAAGGACAACUUACAACAUCAUAGAUACAAGUAACAACAAUAAUGAUGAUUGCAUUCCAUUGGACCGGUGAAGAUUAUUCCUUCAUGCUGAUGAAACAGAGGUCAUCGGUUUGGAUGAUGACUUCAACAUGCUCCAAGCCAAAUUACUUGAUCAAGAUUUGCCUUAUGGAGUAGUUUCCAUUGUUGGCAUGCCCGGUCUAGGGAAAACAACUCUUGCCAAGAAACUUUAUAGGCAUGUCCAUGAUCAAUUUGAGUGUUCGGGACUGGUCUAUGUUUCACAACAACCAAGAGUGGGAGAAAUCUUACUCGACAUAGCCAAACAAGUUGGAGUGACGGAAAUAGAUAACCUACAAUCACUCUUGAAAAGAAAAAGGUAUGUUAUUCUCUUAGAUGACAUUUGGAAUGUUGAAAUUUGGGAUGAUCUGAAACUUGUCCUUCCUGAAUGUGAUUCAAAAAUUGGCAGUAGGAUAAUUAUCACAUCUCGAAAUAGUAAUGUAGGCAGAAAUAUAGGAGGGGAAUCCUCGCUGCACGUGUUGCAACCUCUAGAUUCAGAGAAAAGCUUUGAACUCUUUACCAAGAAAAUCUUUAAUUUUGAUAAUAAUAAUUGGGCCAAUGCUUCACCUGACUUUGUAAAUAUCGGUAGAAGUAUAGUUGGGAGAUGUGGAGGUAUACCGCUAGCCAUUGUGGUGAUUGCAGGCAUGUUAAGGGCAAGAGAAAGAACAGAACAUGGAUGGAACAGAGUACUUGAGUGUAUGCGUCAUACAAUUCAAGAUGGAUGUGCUAAGGUAUUGGCUUUGAGUUACAAUGACUUGCCCAUUGCAUUAAGGCCAUGUUUCUUGUACUUUGGCCUUUUCCCCGAGGACCAUGAAAUUCAUGCUUUUGAUUUGACAAAUAUGUGGAUUGCUGAGAAGCUGAUAGUAGUAAAUAGUGGUAAUAGGCGAGAGGCUGAAGAUUUGGCGGAAGAUGUCCUAAAUGAUUUGGUUUUUAGAAACUUGAUUCAAGUUGCCAAAAGGACAUAUGAUGAAAGAAUUUCAAGUUGUCGUAUACAUGACUUGUUACAUAGUUUGUGUGUCGUAUUGGCCAAGGAAAGUAACUUCUUUCACACCGAGCACAAUGCAUUUGGAGAUCUUGACAAUGUUGCUAGGCUGCGAAGGAUUACAUUCUACUCUGAUAAUGUGGUGAAUAAGUUCUUCUCUUCGAAUCCUAAACCUAAAAAGCUCCGUGCACUUUUCUGUUUCACAAAAAAGCCUUGCAUAUUUUCUGAAAUGGCUCAUCUUGACUUCAAAUUAUUGCAAGUGCUGGUUGUAGUCAUGCCUCAAAUUUAUUAUGAAGAUGUCACUAUUCCAAACAAUAUUGUGAACAUGAAUUGCUUACGCUAUUUGAGAUUGGAGGGGAAUAUUACUGGAGAACUGCCAAAUAGUAUUGUCAAGCUCAAGCGUCUAGAGACCCUAGAUAUUGGAAAGAGCGACAUUGGACUUCCUUCUGGUGUUUGGGAGUUGAAACAAUUGAGACAUCUUCGUUAUAAAGGUUUUACAUAUGCAUCGAACAGUGGCUUUUCUAUUAGCCCAUUUUACCCAAACAUGUACUCAUUGAGUCCUAAUAAUCAACAAACUUUGAUGUCGAUGCAUGAUAAUUUUUUUCAACCGAGAUUGUUGCACCGAUUGAUCAAUUUAAGAAAAUUGGGUAUAACUUUAGUAUCCGAUUCUACCAUUAAGAUAUUAUCAGCAUCGAGCCCUGUGCUACCUAUGCUGUCAAGUACUCUGGAGGUUUUGAAGCUCGAAUUUUCACAUCGCACGAGUGAGCAAAUAAACUUGUCUUCGUAUCAAAAUAUUGUUAAGUUGCAUUUGUGUGAGCUCCAAACAAUGCCCAACAACUCUGAAGCAUUUCCUCCAAAUCUUGUCAGACUUACUCUUGUGCAGCUUAUGGUAGACGGUCAUCUACUCGCAAUGCUUAAGAAAUUGCCCAAAUUAAGGAUACUCAAAAUGGAUAUCUGCACGCAUAGUGAAAUGGAUCUCUCUGGUGAUGCCCAUAGCUUUCCGCAACUUGAAGUAUUGCAUAUUCAACAUCCAAUGCGGUUGUCUGAAAUAACGUGCACGGAUGAUCUCAGUAUGCCUAAACUGAAAAGCUAUUACUUACAAGUUGAUUCCCAGAUUAGGCUCUCGGAACGUCUUGCAAAGCUGAGAAUAUGAAAAUCACAAUGUCUCAACAGGUUAUAAUUGUUUACUUUUAUAAUAUCGUGGAUAAGGUAAAAAAUUUUCUUUUUGUACAUAGUUCAUGGACUAAAUAUUUCAUGUAUAAUAAAUUGCUGGGAUGCAUUUGAGUAUGCAUUUUGUCUUACCUUUGGAAUUAGCAGUUGAUUUAGUCUUCUUCUUUUUUUUUUCUUU